GGCUGCUAUUGCUGUUGCUGCGAAUCUGAACGUCAUCUGAGGAGGGAGCCUUCCUUAAGGGAAAAACUACUUUCAAACUACUUUUCGAUACUUCUUGGGUGACUUUGUCUCCAGCUAUUUUUCUUCAUUGUCCGGAAGAACACAAAAAAAAAAAGACGAUCAAUAAAUAAUACAAUACAAUAAAUCUGUUCUGACAACCUUCUCACUCCACCUGGAACUUUAUAAGAACAACGGGUUCCGAGCCAACUUACAUUACAUCCGUGAUUUUAAAACCUAUCUGAUAAUUCUACAAACAAAAUUCAACAUCCCGACAUUCCGCUCCGUCGUUUAAGUGAGGAUGCUGAUAUUUUUGCCUUAAUUUUCCUCACCUCCAUCAACCUUCGCUACCUAUUUUGCCGUUGCUGAAGUAAUUGUCACCUUACUCUUGUGUUUUUUACUUCAGCUUCCUGAACCUCUUUCGAUUACCACCGCGACCGAUAAAAACAACCUACGAUCGGCGCAUCUCUCGACGUGUCGCUUGACUCUACUUCAACGCGCUUCCUAUGAUUGAUGCGACUUGAUUGCGGUUUCGAUAUCCGCCACCGGCAUUAUGCCUUCGCAUGAAGAGGCCAGUAUCUGGCCUUCUGAUAACUUACUCCUUAAAGAAGGUCGGAAGCAUUAUCGUAGCAGCGUCUCGCCAAUCCACUGGCAGCUUCGAUCGUUACUUAGUGCCGAGCGACAAAAUAUCCUUUAUUUCCCCGCCGGUGUCAACAAUACCCAUAUCCAGCGACUCGAUACUUCUACGCGAGAGUGCGAGACGAUCAAAGUUAUUAGCUUCCAUCCUCGUUGUUUAGUUGCUAGCAAGGGUUGGAUUUGUUGCGGUGGCGAAAAUGGAGAAGUUGUCGUCAUGCGCGAGUCGGGGAGUAACGAUACGAGUACUCAAGCCCAGGCCGAUAACUUAAGUAGGGACUUCCGUUCAAGAUUAAAUUCGAUGGAGGCCUCUACUCUAGCAGAAGGUGGUACAUCACAAAUACAGCGGGAUAUGCUUUCUGUCGUGGAACGAUUAAACGGCCCCAACAACAAGACGUGGUCUGCCACGAGUACCAAAGCUGGAAAUGAACGCGUCAAUUGUAUAACGAUCUGGCAUCCAACUAAGGGUAUGUCGGCGCCUGGGCAGUAUGACGUACCGGUAGGUAUUGUCGCAAAUAACGACAAGACUAUUGCGAUCGUGGAUCUCACAUAUCCUGACUAUCAGAGGGAUGUAAUCGAGUACCCCGACUGUGUGAAUCGUGGUGUCAUCUCUCCUGAUGGGUUAUUACUAGUUGCUAUCUGCGAUGACCCUUAUCUUUACAUACACAGGCGAAUACCGCACACUUCGCAGUUCCUAGGGGAGACCUUUAAGUGGUCCAAGUUGCCGAGAAUACGACUCAAAGGUCAAUGGAACAAAGAUACCACAGAUUGCCGGGGAAGUUUUGCAGCCUGUUUCUCCCCCUCUGGGAAGUAUCUAGCCGUUGGGACGCAGUACGGAACGAUUUCCAUAUUCGAUGCUGUCGCUCUCAGAAAUCCUGAUUCAGACCCCUUGAUUACUUACUUCGAUUCUGAUCGGGCACCGAGUGAAUGUGGCGCCGUUAGAGAUAUGGCCUUUUCACCAGGGCCUCACGAUCUUUUAGCAUGGUCGGAGCAUCGUGGCCGAAUUGGGAUAGCAGAUGCGAGAACUAACUUCAUGCGACGACAAAUCAUCUCGUUACAUGAUAGUCAUAAUAUGUUCGAUCACUUCUCACUAAACGAUGGCAGCACGAUCGAUCCUCGCCUACUCGACCCGCGCAGCGAACGAGACCCGGAAUCCGACCGUAAUAUGGAGGGUGACCGCGCUGAAAGGCCGCUACUUUCACUGCUAGAUCGUUGGGGGCGACUGAUGUCCGACCGAUCGCGACCGAAUCCAGAACCAUCCACUACCACGCGAUACAAUCAGCCUUACAGUCCGGACGAAAUGCAAGUAUUAAAUGCUCUUCAGAGCACUCGUCAGCAACGAGAGACGCAUGAUCGUGACCAACCCGAACCACGGCUCCCUGAGCAUCGGCAUCAACGAGGUCCUGAGAGGUGGAGGUCUCCCCCGGGCUGGGCGGAACGUCAUGCAACCAUGACGCGUAUUAUCGAACGUGAACGUAUGCGUGAGAGUCGCGACCAACAUCGUUUGGGUAUCAGUCAGACGCCCCCGGAACAAGACCGCGAGAGGGUCCCCGGUACUGGACGAGAACAACGGCGGAGAAGCGCGUCAAUAAUGUAUACAUUGGCACAAAAUGCAGACAAUAUCUCACAGAUGAUGGCCAACCGGGCUUCAGGUCAAGCCGGUGAAAGCAAUGAUGGGCCGACGGCAACAGCAACUUCGCAGGGGCGGGCUUCUUCUCCAUGGUUUUCCGGGCGAAUGGGCGGAUGGGCAGACAUAGAAAGCUCAGCUAUGAUGUAUGGGAGCGAGGGCGGUACCCGAGAUGACUCUCGAGCCGAGUCCAGCAGAGUCCGCCGAGGCAUUCCAGUGAUUGCUGAUGUGUGGACCAACGACUCCCUCUUCAGUAGAAUUAGGACGGGUAGUCGAGAGCACCAGCAGAACCCAGACGACACUGCGGGUCUAGCAUGGAGUGAGGAUGGCCAAGUAUUAUAUGUUGCCGCGGAAGAUGGCAUAUAUGAGUUGCCGGUCAAUAUGCAUGGUAGAAAGGUCUUCCCGGACAUUUCGCUCCGUUGAUCACCAAUAGUUGCCAGCCGCCUUUACAUAGGCUUUGAUUGGUACAUUGUUUGUAAAUGAACUCAGGACCUCAGGAUGGCGUUUGGGGCGUUUCUGAUCAUACGAGCAUAAGGGGUAGUACAGGCGUUAUAUUUCCCCCGGCUUUGGACGCGAUGAUUUCUUGUUUUCGGUUUGUUCUGUUCUAUUUUCUUCUAUCCCGAGCAAGGUGGCAGUGGUAUUUUUUCCCAAUUUUUCCCAUUUGAGGGCGGGAGUAGAUUUUAUUCCUCGCCUCAGCCGCCCCCACAAAAAGUCAUUUCUCUAUUGGAGUUUUUUUCGCGAGGGAGAGAGGGAAAAUGGACGGGCAUCCAUUAAGCCUUAAGAGUCUCACUCAGGCUCUUUUUUUGCCCUUCCAUUUGUAACACUUGAGACCCCCAAAUGUAUGUAUUGUACAUAGUGAGUGGUAGUAUCCCGCCACCGUAAUCCGUUGAGUCACAUUGACCCGACUCACUGGAUACAAGGCGUAUCCCAACCAUCAUUUCUGAGGCAUCUUAUUAUUGAGGUUGUAUUGGUCGCGUGCGCUGUAUUAUA